UUAGAAAUCUCCCAAAUGGGGCGAUAAACAAAGCCCUUACCCGGAAAGCAGACCCCAACAGCUACAGCAGUCUCCUCUCCUCAUCAGGACCAAAACAAGUCUCCUCAUCAUCAUCCCAUCCCAUGUUUCCCUGUUCAAUUCAAUUCAAUAUUCAUUAUUCAAACACACUGAUUUAUCAACCAAUGUAACUUCGCACGCAGUCCCAACCCUAACCAAUUGCAUGCACUAAUUUUCUUAUUUAAAUUCUUCUCAAUCUCUGUAAAUCCAUCCCCGUGUCAAUUCCAUGGAGGAGCAGGAGGAUACGGCGUCGUUCUCCGACCACAAGCUCAGCGGUUUCCUCUGUGCCGUUCUCACUGUUACUUCCCCGGACCACCCUGAUCUCCGCCAAAUCUUACCUUUCGGCACCCGCUUCCAAUUCUCCCAAACCGGCGUGAGUUUCACGUCAAGAAACGACGUCGCCCUAUCUCCCAUAGACGAGAACCCCAACGCCGAUGAUUCGACGAAUAAUGAUUCGGAGCAAUGCGAGGCUUCCUCUUCUUCGGAGUUGGGGAAGAAGAGGAAGGCCCCGGAGGUCUCGAAGAAGAUAGGAAUGCGGAAGAGGAGUAUAGGGCUGGUGAAUGGGAGCAUAAGCGUGGUGCACCAGCUUCACUCUUUGGUUAUGAACAAGUGCUUGAUGAUAGAUGCUCGAUUGGUUCGGGUUGAGGCCGGUGCCAAUGGAGAAGUCAGGGCUGUUUUGCUGGUUGAUGUCUAUCUCCCUAUUGCAUUAUUGUCUGGUUGGCAGUUCCCGAGGUCCGGCUCCGUUGCCGGUGCUCUGUUCCGACAUUUGAGUUCUGAUUGGGGAGAGAGAAGCGCAAUGCUCAUCAAUGGAGAUUAUCUCGAAAAUACUGUAGGAACAAAUAGAAGCAUAUGGAAUCUUUCAGAUUGCCAUGUUUUUGGUUGCAAGCUGCAUCAUAAUUUCUCUGAUUCUUCGAAGAAAAAGCUAUUUGAGCUUCAUGAAAUUUUUAAGAGCUUACCUAGUGUUGCAACGACAGGCAAACCUAAUUCUUCUAGAAUACAGUCAUGUGAUGACUCUUCUAGAUCUGGUAUUUCGGAGAUAUCUGAUGACAUUUUACUUGGUAUUCUUGCUGUGCUUAGCCCAAUUGACCUUGUUAGGGUAUCUGCAACCUGCCGCCAUCUGAGACUGCUGGCUGUCUCAAUCAUGCCAUGCAUGAAACUUAAACUGUUUCCUCAUCAGCAAGCAGCAGUUGAGUGGAUGCUACAACGUGAGAGAAAUGCUGACGUCUUGCCACAUCCGUUGUACAUGGCUUUCUCAACUGAAGAUGGAUUUUCUUUCUACAUAAACACCAUAUCUGGGGAAAUAAUCACUGGGGUGGCUCCCACUGUCAAUGAUUUUCACGGGGGAAUGUUCUGUGAUGAGCCUGGAUUAGGCAAGACUAUAACUGCUCUU